GAACAGAAAAAGCCUCAAACCAAACCCAAUAUCAUGGCUCUCAUGCUCUCUCCCUGUCUCUCAUACACACAUUUCUUUCUGUCUUCCCAAUCCUUCUAAGCACAACACACACUUUCUUCUUUCUUUCUCUCUCUCUGCCAUUUUCUCUGUUCUUCUCAUUUCCAUCACAAAAGAGGACCCAUUCUUCAAGAUGAAGAACACGCCACGUUAGUCUCUGUAUAUCCUGUGCUCUCUCCCAAUCCCUACGCAAGAACAUACUUACUCCUUCAAUUUUCUUUCUUCUCUUGGGAAACUGAUGGAGAUGGCGGAAAUCCCGAAGUUGGAUUUGUCAUCGUCUUGUUCCCAGGAUUUGAUUUCGGAAGAAAAGAACAGAGGAAGCGCGAUUUUAUCUUCCGAUCACAUAAACGCAUUUCAGUACAGUGCCGAGAAAAGCGAUAGCUUUGUGAUUGAUAUGGAUGCCUUUUCUUCCGCCAACCACAAAGAUCCCACCAAUGCAAAUUCGAAAAUUACGUUGCAGAGGAGUCUUUCCAGGAAGGGAUCCCUGCGUUUAGGUGACAGGAAGGUGAAUAGCAGUGCCACACUUUAUGAAAAGGAUACCAUAUGCUCUCCAAAAGGUACACUUGUUGGGCCUUGCACGCUCGAAAAGACAGCGGGGAUGUCAUUAGGAUCAAUGGAUCAUUCUAUCAACCCACUUGUUUAUCAGCAGAUUACUAUGACAACCAACAACAUCAUUGGCAACCCCACAGAAAACAAAUGUAGUAUAACUCGGAGAAAUAGUUUCAGAAGACCUUCUUCAUGGGCCCUUGAUCCUAAAAGGGUUCUCCUUUUCUUUGCCACCUUGUCUAGCAUGGGAACAAUGUUGCUGAUAUACUUCAUUCUCAGCAGCAGUAAGCAAAGUGCAGAUGAAUAUGGGGGGUGAUUGGAAGCAGUGACUGAAAAUACCUCUAAUCAGGGAAACAAUCGGAAAGAAAGAAAGGACAAAAGACAAAACUUAGGAGAUAAAAAAAAGGAAGAACACAAAAGUGCAGGAGUAGCAAAAGCUAACCUAAUUUCAGCCAAGUCAGUUAAAAUCUGCUUUUGAAACUACAGACAGGGGAUAAAUACAAAGACAUAAUUUACUUGACCGAGUGAAGGAAUCUUCGAUUUUUUUAAUGUAAAUGGAAGACAAUCGAUCACAUGGAGGACAUGGAUGAUCAUAGAGUCACAUUUUACUA